GUCGUUCCUGAGUGGUAUGAUUGUGGUGGGAAGAGAUGGCCGUAGUACCCUAAGGUUAUAUCCACCGUCAGGUAACGUACCUGGAUAUAUCGCCGCCUCUGCAACUCGAGCAUCAAGGUACCUGAUGGAAGGUUAGAGGUGCUUCAGUUGAGCCCCAGCCAAACAAAUCCAAACAAAUCCAACCUACCUGCCUACCUACCUACCUCUCCCUCAGCGGGGAAUCUCUCUCCUGUUCCGCCACGGCCGUCUUUCUACCUCCUAUCCGAGACCUCUCCUUUUAUGGCAUCCGAGAUACCUACGUCGUGAAAAAUACUACCUACCCGAACGUGCGAGGCACGACGCGAGCCGCAAUCCGAGAUUGCCCCACCUGCCAGACAAAAGAAGAAGACAGACGAACCCACGAACAGGCGACGAAUAAAGGUUACGAUGGCAUCCCGCAUCCUCACGACCGGCCCUCGAAAUAUCCUUCCUCUCCUCCGCCACGCGGGGGCCCCCCGCGCCCUCCACGCGACGGCGCGCGCGCUCGCCGAUACUGCGGCGCCGCUACCCGCCCGCAAGCCUAUCGGCGCAUUCCGCGGCGGGCUCUUCGGGUUCCUGCUCGGCGCGACGGCCGCGGGCGCCGGAGUGUACAGUUAUGUGCUGAGAGAGUACAAGGCGUCGAACGAGUUGCUCACGGAGGACAUCUAUGCACUACAGACGGCUUGCCAGCGGCUGAGCACGCACGUUCAGAACCUCGAGGAGAAGAUAGACGCCGCUGAACGGAAACGAAAGUGAGCGAGCGAUCCUUUCUGCAUAAGGAGAGGGGGGGCUCGAGGCUGGGUUCGGAAACUGGACAGAUAGGACGGUAUGGUAUGACGGGCCGGUCAGAUGCCCAGGCGAGAGAUGGCACCUACGUAGGAUCGAGGGGACGCACUGAACUGUCAAAUAUGUACAUAUCCCCAUACAUCCCUACAAACGCCAAAAAAGGGGGGGGGGGAGCCCACGGCACGGACAUAAAUCACAGACAACCCUGAAUGGGGUUUACCGGCUAGCGGAGAGGUUAAAAGGAGAGAAAGAAACAAACGGCUUGACGGAAUCGCGACUCUAAGCAGCACUAGCACUAGCUAGCACCAGCAUAUCGGUAGGCGUCUAAUUCCUCUUUUCUUCUUUCCUCCGAGACUUGACAACGCGCUGUAAGGCCUCUGCUCUUAUUUUGAAUC